AUGGACAGCCUGCAACUAUCUUUGCCACUAGGCGAUCUCUUUCUAAUUCAUUUAGUUUCUUACAAAUUUACAUUGGCACGAACCAUCCAUGUACCUCUUUAUCUCCUUCUCUUUCUUUCUUUCUUUCUUUCUUUCUUUUUUUCUUUCUUUCUUUCUGUCUUUCUUUCUUUCUUUCUGUUGAUUUAUAUCUAUAAAUCUAUUCAUAUCCAUCUACCUCUUUAUCUCCCUUUCUUUCUUUCUUUCUUUUUCUUUCUUUCUUUCUUUCUUUCUUUCUUUCAGUUGAUUUAUAUCUAUAAAUCUAUUCAUAUCCAUCCUUCAUAUCUGUCUAGCAACCUGAGUACCUCUCCAUCUCCCUCCCUUUCUUUCUCUCUUUCUUUCUUUCUUUCUUUCUUUCUUUCUUUCUUUCUUUCUUUCUUUUCAUUAUAUAAGUUGAUUCAUAUCUAUAAAUCUAUUCAUAUCCAUCUCAAUCGGUUCAUUAUCUAUCUAUCUAUCUAUCUAUCUAUCUAUCUAUCUAUCUAUCUAUCUAUCUAUCUAUGUAAUUCUCUGUCUAUCUGUCUGUGUCUGUCUGUGUCUGUCUGUCUCUCUAUCUAUCUAUCUAUCUAUCUAUCUAUCUAUCUAUCUCGGUCUUUUCAUAUCUUUUCUUUUUCUUUCUCUCUCUCUCUCUCUAUCUAUCUAUCAAAUUCUCCCCCCUCUCCCCCUCUCUCCUUUUCUCUCUCUCUCUCUCUCUAUCUAUCUCUCGGUCUUUUUAUCUAUCUAUCUAUCUAUCUAUCUAUCUAUCUAUCUAUCUAUCUAUCUAUGUCACUGGAUCUUUUUCCGUCCUUUUCCAAUCUCCUCGUCCUACCAUCCUCAUUAAUACAACGUCUACUUAAAACUUCUUCAUUUAAUCUACAACUCCCUUCAUUUAUCUUUUCCUCGCUUUAA